AGGUGGAGGAGCCCAGACAGCCGGAGAAUGGUGCUGGAAGGGAACCCUGAAGUGGGCACCCCCCGGACCUCAGACCUCCAGCACCCUGGGAACCAGGGCUCUUGCAUCCUCUCUUCUGGUGAAGAUGCCCAGCCUGGCGAGGAGCCCAUCAAGUAUGGCGAACUCAUCGUCCUGGGAUGCUGUGAGGAAGGAGGUGAGGAAACCGAGGCUCAGAGAGGGGAAGUGACUGGCCCAAGGGCGCACAGCUGCUACAAUGGGUGUCUGGCAAGUGGGGACAAGGGCCGCCGGCGAAGCCGCCUGGCACUGAGCCGCCGGCCACAUGCCAACGGAGUGAAGCCUGAUGUCAUGCACCACAUCUCCACGCCGCUGGUCUCCAAGGCGCUGAGUAAUCGCGGCCAGCACAGCAUCUCGUACACACUGUCCCGGAGCCACUCGGUCAUUGUCGAGUACACACACGACAGCGACACAGACAUGUUCCAGAUUGGCCGCUCCACGGAGAACAUGAUUGACUUUGUGGUCACAGACACGGCCCCCGGAGGGGGGGCCACGGAGGGCCCCGCCGCCCAGAGCACCAUCUCCCGCUACGCCUGCCGCAUCCUCUGUGAUCGCCGGCCGCCCUACACCGCCCGCAUCUAUGCCGCUGGCUUCGACGCCUCCAGCAACAUCUUCCUUGGUGAGCGGGCGGCCAAGUGGCGGACCCCCGACGGCCUGAUGGACGGUUUGACCACCAAUGGGGUCCUGGUGAUGCACCCAGCAGGCGGCUUCUCGGAGGACUCGGCCCCAGGCCUGUGGCGGGAGAUCUCCGUCUGCGGGAACGUGUAUACGCUGAGAGACAGCCGCUCCGCACAGCAGCGGGGGAAGCUGGUGGGAAACGAGUCCAACGAGCUGCAGGACGGGUCCCUCAUCGACCUGUGCGGGGCCACGCUGCUGUGGCGCACGCCGGCGGGGCUGCUGCGGGCACCCACGCUGAAGCAACUGGAGGCCCAGCGGCAGGAGGCGAACGCAGCGCGGCCGCAGUGCCCCGUGGGCCUCAGCACUCUCGCCUUCCCCAGCCCGGCCCGCGGCCGCACGGCGCCCGACAAGCAGCAGCCCUGGGUCUAUGUCCGGUGCGGCCACGUCCACGGCUACCACGGCUGGGGGUGCCGGCGAGAGCGGGGCCCCCAAGAGCGCGAGUGUCCUCUCUGCCGCCUCGUGGGGCCGUACGUGCCCCUGUGGCUCGGCCAGGAGGCCGGCCUCUGCCUGGACCCCGGGCCGCCCAGCCAUGCCUUUGCCCCCUGCGGCCACGUUUGUUCAGAGAAGACUGCCCGCUACUGGGCGCAGACGCCGCUGCCCCACGGCACCCACGCUUUCCACGCGGCCUGUCCCUUUUGUGGGGCCUGGCUCACCGGCGAGCACGGCUGUGUCCGCCUCAUCUUCCAGGGGCCGCUGGACUAGGCGCCUGGGGCCUGCCACUGCUCCCCGCCUGCUCACCCAGGUCCCCACCUCCUGCAGCCGGGGCUCUGCAUGUGGGACUCUACCUGCUGGCACGUGGCCACACCUGGAUGGACUCCCUGGAUGGGCUUUGUCCCUCCCCUCUUAACUCUGGUCCCCAUGGGGGUCCCCGAGGCCCCAGUCCCAGUCAGAAUGAUGGGGCCCCCAGCACCAGCUCUGUCCCGGGCUGAUGGAGGGAAGCCCACCUCCACGCCCUGGUCUGUGUCAUGCCGCCUACACUGUGCCCCUGGGGGCGUGAAGGGACUGUGGGCCCCUGACCCCCAGUUUAGGCUGGCGGCGCCUGAGCCUGCCAGCCCACUUCCGAAUCUUCACCCGCUGCUGCCCUGGGUUCCUCUAUAAACCUUGCUGCUCGGCUGCCC